ACAACAUCCUUUCCUGUCACCACACAGAGAAAGUAGAGCAGCGGACAGAUUUACAUCGCACUCACAUGGUGUUCAACCACCAAGACUGGAUAAAGCUAGGUUUUGUGCUGGACUGUAAUUCCUGGAUUCCUUUAGCACGGUGGAUAUGGGAGGCAGAGAGGAGGUAGUGGUGAGUAGGCUCGGGUCCAACAUGCAGUUUCCUCACACCAGGUUGAGCCGUUUCAGGCUUCGUCCUGCCCAAAGCCCACUGAGGGGUAAACGCGUGAAGCCAUCCUCCCACAAGAAAAAAGACAGAGAUCCCAGCCCCACCGAGAUGAGUGUGGAGCCCUGGGCCAGCCCGCAGGACCAGGCAGCCGCUGAACACGCACACAGCACGCACACGCUUACUACCCAGGAUCAGGAGCAGCACCCAGACAAACUCUGCCUGGACUCCUUCUGGAGUGAGGUGGAGACCAUCCGACAGGGGAGUGGCUACACAGACCUUGACUGCACCAGGAGAGACUCUAGACAGUCAGAAGAGGGUGAACAGGAGGAACAGUGGUUGGCUGAUGCUGGUUUGUCGACCCUCAUCAGUGAGGACAGCGGAGAUGUAGACAAGGUGGUGCUGCUGUCCACUCUGACCCGGACCCAGGCCGAGGCCGUCCAGCGUCGGCUGGAUUCCUACACACUAUCCCUCCGCAAGAGGAACAAACCUCCGCCCCGCGACGUUCGUGACAUAUUCCACUCCCCCAUCACUCAGACGCUUCUGCCUGAGUCUCAGCAUAGUGAAGACCUUGCCCAUAACAGCAUGGAUUCGGUUGCCAAAACACCACUAUCAGCUGUGACACCGGAGCAUCAGCGAGGUGCCACUAAAGAGGAGUUCUUCAUCACCGAUGUGGCUUACUGCGAACAGGCCGUCAUCUUCCUCAAACAGGCCAAACUGCCGCAGAACAGCAGUCAACGCAGGAAAGAGGAUGGCACCCUGCCUCGUGUGAUCUGCCCCAAGUGCCGUCUAGGAGUGACUCGUAUCCAAGAUCUCUCCCACACUGACAUGAAGAAGGUGCGUCAGUUGGCUCUCAUCGACAUGACAGCGCUGUGCGACCUCUUAGAGCUCGAGGUCAAAAGGCACAAAACCUGCAAGAGGAAAAUCCCAGAGAGCACGCUCUUCGGGGUGCAGCUGGCCACUCUGCUGGAGAACGAUCAGAAAAUGAAGCCCAACACCUCGACUCCUCUCUUCCUGCAGACGUUGUUGUCAUUUUUGGACAAGAAAGGAGUUGAUUCGGAGGGGAUCCUGCGGGUUCCAGGAUCUCAGUCCAGAAUCAAGCUGCUGCAGCAGACCUUGGAGACCAACUUCUACUCAGGGCAGGUUAGCUGGGACGAAGUGAAUCCAAACGAUGCUGCUGCACUACUGAAGAAGUUCAUCCGGGAACUUCCCGCUCCCCUGCUCACUGCCGAGUACCUCAACACCUUCAGCGCAGUCAGAGACAUCACAGAGCUGAAGCAGAAACUCCACAUGUUGAACCUGCUCAUCCUGCUGCUGCCUGAGCCCAACAGGAACACACUGAAGGCCCUCCUUGAGUUCCUCAGUAAGGUGGUUUCCAGGGAGAAGAGGAACAGGAUGAACCUGUGGGCAGUAGCAACCAUCAUGGCUCCCAACCUCUUCCUCCAUAAGGCCGUCCCCAGCAGACUGACUGAGGGGGCAGAGAAAGGACAGGCGGAGAAGGCAGCUGAUGUUAUGAGGCUCCUCAUCCGCUACCAGGACCUACUUUGGACGAUCCCCAAUUUCCUCAUGAGCCAGGUGCGUAAGCUGAACGAGAACAGUAACCGGCGUUACCAGUUCUACGAUCGCCGCAUCAAGAACCUGCUGAGGAAGAUCCACACAGACAGCCGGGAGAAACCUGAUAAGAACACCUCAGAGCCAUGGCGUACGGUGAAGAUCCAGGUCGGGGAUCUGGUUAGCGGCACCAUGGACUUCCAGCUCAACAUCAACGCCCGAGCCUCAGACCUGCUCGCCCAGUUUCAGCGCCAGUUCCUCCGCAGCCCUGAAAAUGGGAAGGGCAAAAUGCGAAGAAAUGGCUCUGUGGCAUAUCCAGACUGUGCCCUGUAUGAAGUGGGAGGGAAUAUUGGUGAGCACUGUCUGGAUCCUGACACACACCUUCUGGAUUUGUACAACAGUAACGCUGCAGGGGAGUGGGUCAUCAAGCUGAAACCCAACGCCAGCAGAGGGCUGUAACAUGGGGGACUGUGGACAGAUUGAAGGACGGACAGAUCUGGAAACAGGUCGCUGAAGAUGACAUAAGCAGAGCCUAAAAAAAAAAAAAAAAAGAUCAAAUCCAUGCAGCCUCCUCUCUACUUCCUGUCCUGUUCAACUUUCGAGCAACAUGGGAGAGGGAGACAGAUGGAGGAAGCAGAAACAGAAAAAUGGAAAAACUGCCAGGAGCAGAGCCUAAAGACUGUCUAUGAUCAGAUGAACACAAAACUGCGCUCUUUGUCUUUGUUUCUAUGUUUCUCUCUCUCUCCAUCUUCUUCUCCUUUAACGCAAAAAGCUGCUGACGUGACUCAUUACUUCCGACAGAGAACCUGCUGCACAGAAAGGAGAGAGAGCGUCUGAGCAGUUGGGUUCGCCAUCUUGCCUCUCAAACAAUCAUGUCCAACCAUGAGUGAGCAGAUGGGGACGCAGAGCACCUCUGGCUAUAGAGAGCUCAAGUCCCUCCCUCCUUUCUCAGGCCAGUCGGACAGUGUGCUUUCCUGCUGCGGGUUUCAGUCAUGACUCUCAUGUAAAAAGGUGGAACAUGAUUCAGGGUUUUCUGUCCUUAUUCUUUCUUUUCUAAAUUGAUUUCUAGUUACAUUUUAUUAUUUUAUAUAAGAGAAAACAGCAUUUAGUUUGAGGUCGCUUGAUGUUGGAAACAGCACAACUCAAACACAGAUACACACAGAGCUGAGAUCUGUGUCUGAAUCUAGGAAACAGUAAAAUGUUCAACUGUGAAACUGACUUAUUCAGACCUCUAGAGGAAAGGCCUUCUUUCUGUCAUUCUGAAAUUCAGGCAGACUUUAAAUAGGAUUAUUUCAAAUGUGAGAACGCAUUAACUCUGUGUAACGGUCUCAGCUGUGCCCGCUUGCUUACAUGACUUUAAAGAAACUGGACUGGAGAAAGCUACAGUAGUAGACACCCUUCUACCUUGAGAAUAUGGACAGAAAAUCCUUGUAUUGUG